AUGAUCGCAUCUGCUUGGGAGUGGGCAAGGCAGAGAAAUCUGCUUCGUGUCAACCCCAUGCACAAGGAAGAGGAGGCCAAGCUCAUUUUGAGCGAGGUCUUCGCAGUGAACGAUGAGACCGGGGCCGAGACCACCAUGUCGGGUACGAUCGAGGCUGAGGACGAGUCGGGAUUCUUGUUCGAAGCUGAUGCCCCCUCGGUGGAAGACUCCGACGAAGCUAUCCUGGCUAACAUCGCUGCUUCUGGUGUGACCGAGAAACCUCCGACUGAGACUGCCAACGGCUCCUUCAAGAUCAAUUUCCCGACGCUGGGCAAGGAUCAGGCCCCUGCCUCGUUGCUGGGCACCUUCUUGGAGGUGUUGGGCAGAAAAGCAGACAGUCUCGAGGAUCACUUGGUCGCUCAAGGGAGGCUCCUCGGCAAAGGGCCCCGGAUCAUCCCGAGCAGCCAAGCCCAAGAAAGUUCCAGCGAAAGGUCGUCGGUGAACGAUGACUUGGCCAACGAGCUCUUGAUUGGCUUCGAAGAGGGAGCAGACAGUGCUCGCCGAGUGGUUCGACUGGCCAGGGUGGCGAACAACAAAUUGAAGAAACACGGCAUCCUGGAUCCGAUGCUACGAGUGAUGGGGCAAUGUGCUGAGAACAAAGGCAACGAGUGCCGCAACCUCCAUGCUGCAAUCCACCGGUCAGGAAAGACUUUUCCUGUGAGUGUCAGUACAACAACAAUCAGGGUCCUUAACCAUAAGGGAAAGGUUCGAAUGCAGGAGGUUGAGUGGCCGGUGCUGUUCCUUUCCGAUUGGGUUCGCUCGAUAUGUGUCUCUGGAGGGGAAAUGCUAUUGGCUGGCCACACCCUGAACGAGCCAGAUCGGUUCACCUCCAUCUUCGAGACCUUCUGGGAGCGAUACAGAUUUGUGAACCCCGACCAUAGCAUAUAUGAAGGCUCUUUGGAUUUACGGUUCGCCAUCCCUGUGGCUUGCCACGGGGAUGAAGGGAGAGGCAAGCUAAAGAGGCACAGCUUCACAAGCCGCCUUUUGUUCACCGUCAUGCCUUCCGAGAACUACUACAAGAAACAGACUCUCAACAUGCUACACGAUGCGAUGGUGAAGGACAUGCAAAAGUGCUACAAAGAUGGAAUUACCGUGGCACUUCCUAAUGAGCUGGGUUUUCUUGUUUCGUGA